GCCAGAAUAGUAUUAUAUUUAAAGAUGUUUUAAAUGAAAUACUUAGAAUGAGUAUAUGUCCGCGUGGAGUUAAAACUGUACGCUAUGACAAGGUGAACUAUAUGCUAUAUUCAUGUUUAAGGUAUGGUGUGUCGAUUGGAGUAUAAAGGGAGACGGCAUCUGAGAUUGUUGGAUCAAAAGUGAUUGUGUAUCGAGCCGUACAGGUUGUACGCUAUGGCUAAAGGGGACUAUGAAGCUAAAACAUAGAUUUGUGUGUGUGGUAACGUUCACUGUGAUCGGACUACUAGGGUUACACGUUGUUUUGUUCACAGGGUUACCAAACUUAAUCCCUAUAGAUCCAGUUGUAAGAAAUGAUGCAGUUGUCGGACUUAGAGAUAUAUCCGUGGGGGAACAUCCCCAUCUCCGUGCCGGUAGAAAAAGAUUAAAUAAAAGUAACUUUACCAGUGAUGCUGAUUUCGCUGAUGCGAACGGCACUUUACCGAAAUCCCCGAGGGGUGAGAUUACUCACGGUCGUGACAAUGGUCAGUCAUUUGUCGCCUCUGAACCCAAAACGGGGGAAAAAGAUGUCCUCAGAAAUUUUAAAAACACUAAAGUGGAUAAAAUGCUGUUACUCCUGACAGAGAAAAGUCGUAAAAAAUUCGACUUAUCGAAAUUUGACAGCCUGGAUUAUUUAUUUUUUUUAAAAUCUUUAACUAGUCGCUUAAGGAAAAACAGAAACACGUUGCCUGUUUACCAUAAUUAUAAAGGAGAUACAAAUUGGGAAAGAUUUCAUCUAGGAAUCAACCAGUAUAGCCUAUACUCUCCGGACGAUUCUUCUAUAUCAUCAUUACUUAAAGACAUGAAUCGUAUGCCUAUUGUAGAUGUUGAUAUGAAAGAAGGGGGAACUCAGCUGAAAUUAAUAAUAACAUUUGAAGAUGAGGGCCAAGCUUUAAUGAAACCGAUGAGAUAUCCAAGAAGUCAAGAAACCCUCCCAAAUCAUUUUUAUUUUGUAGAUUAUGAACGCCAUAAUGCAGAAAUAGCUGCCUUUCACCUUGAUCGUGCCUUAGGAUUUUACCGCGUGCCACCAACAACCGGUCGUCUGCUUAAUAUGACAACAGAAAUAAAGAAGUUUGCAGAUCGCAAGUUAGCCAAAACUUUCUUUUAUUCUCCCGCUGGUAAUCUGUGUUUUCACGGUUCGUGUUCCUAUUACUGUGAUACAUCCCAUGCUAUCUGUGGUCAUCCCGAUACCCUUGAGGUUUCCAUGGCAACGUUCCUACCCCCGGAGGAAGUUGCCAACAGAAAGACAUGGCGGAACCCCUGGAAACGAUCUUACAGUAAACACCGGAAAGCCUAUUGGGAGGUAUAUGAUGAUUUAUGCGAUAAAGUCCGAGAGCGUCCACCGUAUAAUCAAGGAAGACGUCUUUUAGAUCUAAUGGAUAUAACAAUAUUUGACUUUAUAAUAGGUAAUAUGGAUCGCCAUCAUUAUGAAACGUUUAUAGAUUUUGGUAAUGACACAUAUCCUAUCCAUAUGGACCAUGGACGAGGAUUUGGUAAACCUAACCACGAUGAAAUGUCAAUAAUGGCGCCGGUAUUGCAGUGUUGUCUUAUAAGAUAUUCCACAUUUAUUAAACUGGUUAAACUUUACAGGGGCCCACAAACACUUAGUGAUGUAUUUGAAUCAUUUGCAAGCCAAGAAACUAUAGCACCAAUAUUAACCAAACCCCACUUGACAGCCAUGAACCGACGAGUCGCCAUAAUAUUGCAAGUUGUUGAUAAAUGCUUAGAAGAUAACUCUGUUGAUGAAGUUAUUGUUGAUGACCACAUUUAACCAAUUUCAACCAUAGUGAUAAGAUUGUUUAUUGACUAUCUGUUGAAUUAUCGUGUACUGAUAGUGUGCAAACUAUUUUCUUAGCGUGCAUAUUUUCAUAAUUGUGUGUAGACUAUUUUACCGUGUACAGACUGUGUUAAUCGUGUGCAGACUAUCUCAUAGUGUGCAGACUGUAUUGUUUGUGUGUAUCUUGUGUAAAUCGAAUAUAGACUUUGUGCUGUGGUCAUGGCGUGUGUAAACUAUAAUGUACUGAUCGUGUUUAGAAUAUGUGUUGACUAUUUGUAAACUGCGUGCCGACCUUUUGUAGACUGUGUCGUUAUGCCCUUUUAUAGAUUGUAUCGUUAUGCCCGUUUGUAGACUGUGAUGUUAUGACCGUUUGUAGAUUGUGUCGUUAUGAACGUUUGUAGACUGUGACGUUAUGACCGUUCGACUGCGACGUUCAGAUUGAUUGUAGAAUAUGACAUUAUGAUCGUUUGUAGACUGUGACGUUAUAGCCGUUUGUAAAGUGCAACGUUCUUAUCAUUUGCACAGCCGUAUAUAGAGCUUUGAUAAUUUGUAGACUUGCUGUUCUGUUCGUUUGUAGACUAUGACGCUGUGAGCUUUAUGUAAACUGUUAUGCACCGGUCGUCAUUCUGGGCUGUUUACUUUACCCAUCAUGUGCAAUAUACGCUAAUUGCUAUAGUGUUUAAUGUAGAAUAUGCCACCGCAGCCGUUUGUCGCAUAGUAUCAGAUUUGCGCGUAAUUGUGAUAACAUGCUUCAAAAUUCCUUUCCGAAAUCCACCUUAUAUUUCAUAUUUUCGCAAGUAUUCUUGUGUAAUCAUACUGAUAUAAGGCGUAAAUAACAAAUAUGUGGACUACACUAACGCAUUAAACAAUUUCGUUAGUACAAAUCAGGGUUCGUAGUUCAAAUUGAAGCUUACGCGUCUGAUACAUGCAACAUGGCCAAUAUAAUACCGAUAUAUCCCCAGAAUCGUACAGUGGUGAAGCAGGUAGAAGGACUUCAGGAUUGCUUAAAAGCAAAUGUUGAACUGGCUAACCAAGAUGGUUAUAACACCGUAUUGGACUGUCUAUAGCCUGAUACAGUCAAAGAAAGCCAGAUAUCUGCUAAGAAGAAUCCAGCCUUUAGAGGACAUGUCUGUUAAUCGAUCUCAGCUGAAUAUGAAUAGUGGAUAUUCACUUUGAGUUUGAUUUUUUUGUAAAAUUUUACACCUAAAAACUUUAAUACACAAAAAUAUAAAAGUGUUUGAAAAAAGAACUACAUUACUAGUCGAUUACUAGCACUUACGCUUACUGAAGAGCUUAAUAAAAUAAGCGAAAGUGCUAGCAAUCGACAAAUAAUGUAGUAUUUUUUUCAAAAACUUUUAUAUUUUUGUGUAUUUAAUACCUAAGAGUAGUUAUAUUUAACUAUUCAUAUAUAUAUUUACAAGUUUGGGUGCGCAAAUAUGUGCGUGUGUGCGUUUGUGUUGAACAGCAAAUAUAAUAAUAAUAAAUGACAUAUUAUGGGUGAUUGACUCGGCUAAUCUUCGUGGUCUUCAUUUUGAACAUUAGAAUAGUGAUGAAAUAUGUGAUGCCCCCCCUACCCAUCCCUGUCUUGAUGGCCGAGGCCGUUUCUAAUGUAUACAUUUCUGAUGAUUUUCGCAAGGAAUAUUUAUUCUACUUUUGUUUUGCAUAGGGGUUCUCAUUUCUCUAUUACAGAUAUGUGUUGAAAUAAACGUGGAAAUAAGUUAUGUGCGUGCAGUCAUGCCGGGUUUAGUUUAGGAUACCUACCCAUAGAGAGCGUGCUAAGAACGCUGAUGUAUUUGAUGUGUUUAAGAGUGUUGUGUUAUUUUCUGUAGUUCUGCUUCAAUCUGUGUGAUGUCCCGUGUGAAUGAUAUAUGUUCUUGUUGUUAUUAUAAAUAAAAAGUGCUAAAAGCAGAUCUAUCUUUUAAAAUAAAUCAUGUGUUAUAAAUAUUAAUUAUAUUGAAUUGUUGUUAAAGAUGCAAUGAAAUUACUGUGAGAACUCGAUUAUUAUGUUUAAAAAUUAUUAAAAAACAACAUCUCAAAUUCAUUUUGUAAUAAAAUGAAAUGCGGUUCAACACGUCUGUCGACACUUAGUUUUUGCUUUAGACUAACAUUCAUUUUUUUAAAAAAUGAUACGAUUACAUGUGAGCAGUGCGAGUGGGAUGUAGAUAGGUUUUUCUAAGACGUUAACGUCGGGUUCAAGCACGUAAAACGCACUUACAAAAGACUACCUAUUAAUUUCACCAAUCACUAACGUUUUAGACAGCAUCUGUGGGCUAAGUAGAAUGCAAUAUAUUGCGUUAUGCUAAUGUAGACCUAUUGGUGUAUCUUUUUAUCUUUUACAAACAAAUCGCUGACACUGUGUAUGAUAACCUACAAUCAUACAGGCUAUUUUAUACAACAUUUAAAUCAGCUGUUUAAAUUAGUUUGAUCAAAACAUUCCGUUUGAUUUUAUAUUUUGUUUAUUUCAAAUAUGGUUUGGUGUAUUCUUUGAAUGGCAUUUGGUAAUUGGAACAUGAUAAAAAAAAACCCCAAAAAACACUACUUAUGGAUAACAAUUACAUGUUUUAUUAUACUGCGACUUUUCAACAAGACUUCACAAGUCGUUAUCAAGCAUACUUGAAAUCUUGUUCAAACGUCUUGGUGUAUAACGUGCUUUGCUAUAGUUCAGGUUUAUUCGGUUUUACGUGGGUAAAUGAGUUGGUAAUUGUUUAAAGGGAGGUAAUUUCAAAUAAUUGGUUUUGGGUUAUGCGGUUUGUUUUUUUGUCUUUUUUACGAUACAUGUAUGUAAGACAGCAUUUGAAAAAUCCAACAAAGACAAUGUAAGCUUGGGUAUUUAUAUAGCUCAGCAGUAUUAAAGAGGCGUUAUGUAAUAUUUAGUUAAAGAUCGACCGGGUCGUUAUUGCUAUCCUAUUUCAAAAAUCGACAUGAAAAAGACCCGCAAUAGAUAAAUUUAGUUCUUGUCUCGUUAUUACUGCUGAGCUAUGACAAGUACAAUAACAGGAAUAGUGCGUCAAUGUGCAUUAUUAACCGCAUUUAACAUAUAGUGGGAAUUGACUGGGUAUCCUAUUUGUUAUAAAAAAAAGUGCUUUUUAAUAAGAAUAUUGUGACAUAAUGUGUAAUAUAAAUGAUACUAUAUGUACAUUUGGUUAUAUUAAGCAGAGUGUAUAUUAUAUUAAUUUUUAAUUAUUUACACAUAUCACAAAUCAGUAUUGUAAAUAAAAUGCAUAUAUAUUUGAA